AUGGCUCGUGUACGGAGAAGGUCGAGUAACCUGGGGGCGGACAUUCGGGGAGACACCACCGCUCCCGCCAUGUCCACCAUGAACGAAGUCAGCCCCAUUGAACCCGAGGCUCCUAAAUGGGACAAGGCCUUGCAGAAUCAAUCCGCCGAUAAACUCUCCAAGCCGCAUACGAAGCGCCGCAAGAAGUCCCCGCUCCGUCGCUUCAAGGAUGUGUGUCUCAAGCAUACUUGGCUUUUGCCUCUCCUCAUGCUCAUCGUUCUUCUGUCGCUGUACGCGAUCAACCCGACGGAAUCCAAUCCCAUGCAUAGCGCCAUCUUUUUGUCUUAUCCUCUGCCUCCAAAGGUCCCCGGUGGUCCGAUCAUGUAUGGAAAGGGCCCCAAGGAUAUUACCUUUGUCUCAUUCUACACGAUUGUUCUGUCGUUUACUCGAGAAUUCCUGAUGCAGCGCCUUAUUCGGCCUUUCGCUGUAUACUGCGGGAUCCGAGGCCGGGGCAAGACUGCCCGUUUCAUGGAGCAGGUGUACACCGCGAUCUACUUUGCCAUCUUCGGUCCAUUCGGCCUGUACGUCAUGAGCCGGUCGGAUAUCUGGUACUUCAACACUACGGCCAUGUUCGAAGGGUUCCCCCACCGGGAGCACGAAGGGUUGUUCAAGGCAUUCUAUCUGCUUGAGGCUAGUUACUGGGCUCAGCAGGCGAUUGUCCUGAUGUUGCAGUUGGAGAAGCCGCGCAAGGAUUUCAAGGAGCUGGUUGGACACCACAUCAUCACUCUGGCUCUGAUCGGAUUGAGUUAUCGCUUCCACUUCACCUACAUGGGUAUCGCCGUCUACAUCACGCACGACAUCUCUGACUUCUUCCUUGCUACCUCCAAGACCUUGAACUACCUCGACCACAUCAUCACUGUCCCUUACUUUGGUAUGUUUGUGGGCAUGUGGAUCUACCUUCGCCACUAUCUGAAUCUUAAGAUCCUCUGGGCUGUGUUGACCGAGUUCCGCACGGUCGGACCUUUUGAGCUGAACUGGGAGACUCAACAGUACAAGUGCUGGAUCAGUCAGUACAUCACUUUUGCCCUGUUGGCCAGUCUGCAAGCCGUGAACCUCUUCUGGCUCUUCCUGAUCCUGCGCAUCCUGAAGAACUACAUUUUCAACAGCAUCAAGAAGGACGAGAGAAGCGAAGAUGAAGACUCGGAGGAAGAGGAAGUCCCUGUGCCGGACACGGACACCCACGCGACCCUUGCGACCGGCGUCGAGGGAGCCACCGUGACUGCACGUGGCAAGGAGAACCAGACUCCGCAGGUGCUGGUCAACGGCAAGCCCGUCAACUCCAAGAACUGA